GACAUGCCUCGCGACGAGUUCACGGCGGAGGCGUUCUUCAAGGGUUUCACGGAGGGAUGGACGGCCGCGGGCGGCGACACGACGGUGGGGAGCUGUCCCGUUCCCGAGCCGCACUUCGAAGGGGUCGAGUACCUCAUCGACCAGGGGAGCAAGCCUCGCGGCGAUGCUGGCCAGUGCCGGCUCGGCUCGGAGCAGGAGGUGCAAGGUGUCGUGGGCAAGGUCGACGAGUGGACGCGGCUGCUGAGGAGCAAGCUGCAGAAGCUGAACGACGUGCUGGGCUGCUGCGACCGGUCGCUGUGUCCCGCGGACCACCCGGAGGACCAGCCGUGCACACUGAUGGACAUGCCUCACGUGUGGGACGAGGAGCACUGGUACGUUACCUUUACGGGACCCGUCUACGCCGGCAAGUACUUCUCGGAGUGGUUCCUCCUCAACUACCUCAACGGCAUGGACGUCGCCUGGGGUGAACUCAGGUGGGGUAGGAUUAGGCAGGCGCGGCCCGCCCGGCGGGUGAAGCUGGUGUACUACGCGGCCCACGACACCAACCUCCUCUACCUGGCGGAGCUGCUGGACCUCAAGUGGGUAAGUGAGGGCUGGCAGCCGAACCAUACCCCUCCCGGGGGCGAGCUGGUGUUCGAGGCGUACAUGUUGGACGGCGAGCUGAACGUGGCGGCGUUCUUCGACAUCGCCACUCCCAGCCAGGCAAGGCACCGGUUCUCCUUGCAACUAUUAUAG